AUGAUCAUCAAACAACGAAUAGAAUUUCUAUUCUUAUAUAUUAUUGUUAUUAAUAUUCAAACAAUAAGUGAAACAAAAUCCGAAACUGAUUAUUAUCAAUAUUUACAACAAUAUGGUUAUACACCAAAAGUUGAAGGUCGUCGACUUUUUUCUAUAAUUUCUCGAUCGUCUUAUACAGAAGCAAUUCUUAAAUUUCAACGUCUUUAUAAAUUACCGGAAACAGGUCAACUUGAUGAAAGAACAAAAAAUCUUAUGCAAAAAGCUCGAUGUGGAAAUCCUGAUCUUGGUACUUAUGAUUCUAUUGGACAUCCAGUUAAUAUUGAUAAACAUGAAACUUUAUCUGUUAAUGUUCAAGGACGAUCAGGAAAACCUAAAAUAUCUGAAAAUUCUACAAGAAAAACACGUAUUUGGCCAAAUAAACAUUUAAAAUGGUUUAUUGACAAAUAUCCUGAACAACAAAAAUAUAUAACAACAAAAGAUCAUAUACAACGUAUAAUGAAUCAAUCAUUUUAUGAUUGGCAAAAAUAUUCUGGAUUAACAUUUGAAAUGGUUAAAACAAAACAUACAGCUAAUUUAAAAAUAAAAUUUGAUUCAAAAGAUCAUAAUGAUGGAUAUCCAUUUGAUGGACGUGGUGCAACAUUAGCACAUGCUUUUUAUCCAACAGAUGGUGAUAUACAUUUUGAUGAUGAUGAUUAUUUUACAGAUAAUUAUAAAGAUAAUGAAGAUUUAUAUACAUUAAGACUUGUCGCUGCACAUGAAAUAGGUCAUGCACUUGGUUUAGAUCAUUCAUUUGAAAUUGGUUCACUUAUGUAUCCUAUUUAUCAACAAUUUGAUUCAAAUUAUGAUUUAUCAAUUGAUGAUCAACAAGCUAUACAAGCAUUGUAUGGUAAAUCAAAAAUAAAAUCUACAACGGAACAAUCUAAAAUAAUAUUAUCAUCAUCAUCAUCAUCAUCAUCAACAUCAACAUAUUCUUCAAAUAUAUUAUCACUUAAUAAUUGGUGUUCAGAAGAAUUUCAAACUGGUUGUGAAGGUCCUGAUGGUGAACUUUAUUUAUUUAAAAAUAAUCAAGUAUGGAGAUAUCAAGCAAGAAAAAAACGUUCAUGGGAUUCUCAACCAACAUUAAUUAAUGAACGUUUUCCAUCAUUAAAAGAUACAAUAAUAACAGCUUGUGUUAAAUCAUCUAUUGGUUAUACAUAUUUAUUUAAUGAUUAUCAUAUGUGGCAAUUAAAAACACAUUGGUCUAUUGAUGGACCACAUAUAUUAUAUGGUAAAAAUUAUCCACAAAAUCCACGUAUUGCUUUAUUACAUCGAAAUUCAAUUUAUUUAAUACGUAAUCGUUUAGCAUUUCGUUUAAAUGAAUUUAAUCAUAAUAAUGAAUUAGAAAUUUUUAAUAUUGAUGUUUUACUUAAUCCAUCACCAAAUGAAUAUAUACAAUCUGGUUUUACAUAUGCUAAACGUCAUUAUAUAUUUACAAAAGAUUUUGUUUAUGUUUAUGAUUCAACACAUGGAAGUUUAUUACCUGGUUAUCCAAAAUCAAAAGUAAAUGGUUGGUUUGCAUGUGAAUCAACAUUACAAAUACCAACAUCAAGAAAAAAAACAACAUCAACAAUACGAACAUCAUUAACAGAAUCAUAUCGAAAACAUGAACAUUAUGAAGAUGAUCAUGAUGAUGAUCAUGAUCAUCAUCAUGAUCAUGAUUUUCAUCAUCAUCACCAUCAUCAUCAUCGACCGAGACGACCUUUUCAUCAUCAUUAUUCUCCUCAUCCAUAUCGUCGUCGUUGGGAAUAUUAA